AUGGAGACAGAUGGCAAACUCUCCUCACGAACGGCUUGCUUGGCAUGUCGCCGACAAAAGCGCAAGUGCUCUCGGCAACUCCCAUCCUGCGAACUCUGUCAGAGGAACCGCCGACUCUGUGAAUACUCAGAUGACAGUCUCUGGGUCUCCUCUGAUGCGGAAGCACUGAGCAGCGCGUCAACAUUAGCACAGAGCACGCAAGCUCAACCAUCGGCUUCUCUUCUAUUCUUCCUGGAUUCCGACGAGUUCACCUCACGCCGUUCAAUAGUUGAGCCAAAUGUGGCAGCGCCGCCUCCAGAACUGCUCAAGUUUGCACAGCAUGAGGGAGGACGUUUCUUGCAAUAUGUCGAGCAUUAUUUCCAGUCCACCCAUACAAUGCUUCCCAUUGUUUCCAAGAGAAGGUUUAGGCAGCGCAUGACAGAGACCAACCCCAGCUCGGAUACACUCACGCUGGCGUUCUGCAUGCACAUGGUAAGCCAGCAGACCAUAAACGUAGACAUGUACGACAAGGCAAAGGGAUUUCUCAGCAUGUUGGAACGAGGAGGAACUAUAUCUAUCCAGCUCCUGCAGGCAACUAUCCUUGCGGCGCUCUACGAAAUAAGUCAUGCCAUCUAUCCUGCUGCAUUCCUGACGGUUGGUCAUUGUGCUCGGCUCGGCCAAGCCAUCGGGCUUCAUGAUAGGCGAAACUCUCUCCAAAUGUGGCCCGUCGUCCAGUCUUGGACCGAGCUGGAAGAGUUGCGGCGAACCUGGUGGGCAGUGAUUGUGCUGGACCGCUUCGUUGGAUUGGGUAUCCAAAAUCGGCCUUUUGCCUGUGAAGAUGCCAAACCGGAAGACAUGCUUCCCAUGGAUGACCAGUUCUGGGAUCAAGGAGAACAAAAAGCUAUCCCAUCCCUAGCAGUCUCAGCAGAAACUACCCUUCCAGCCUCUUCCUUUGCCCGAACCUGUCAGGCCGCGCAUUUACUCUCACGCGUCCUCGCUCACACGAACUCCAACGCAAGUAUUGCUGAUCGUAGCACAUACUAUGGAGAAGGUCAUCAAUUGCACAAGGUUCUGACUGCCUUUCACGGAGUAGUCUCUCACGAGUUCGCCGCUGCACAGAACGCUCCUGAACUCGCCCCAAGAUUAUCAGCACUGGGCAUUUGUUCAAGCGCAAUGAUUACUCUGUACAGUACGCACAGCUGCGCCGAGCUAGAUGAUACGCGAGGCGUCGGUAUACCAGAACAGCUUCAAUUACAGCAGAUUUCACUCGACGGAUUGCAUCAGGUAGGAUCGGCGACUUGCGAGUUUGCAUCAAGGCUGGCAAGUCUGCUUGAGACCAAUGCAGCUGGCGCCAAGAUCGGUAUCUUUGCGACCGAGGCGAUAUAUCAAGUGGCCAAGCUGUACAUUUGGUAUACUCGUGAGACAGGCAAAGUAGAGGAGUACUCUCCUAGGAUUGCGCUCUUGCUCAAAACGCUUCGACUACUUGGACAAAAGUUACAAGUUGCUAGUAAGAUUGUUUCUAUCUACAUGCUGUUCAUAUCUAACUGA